AUGGAGGAAGAUGUGCCGAAAGAGGUGGAGGCCGAAGCAAAGGAGGAAGACGCUGCCCUGAUUGAAUUUUACAGCUCUUUCAGGGACCUGUUUGAGUUCUUCUGUCUAAACACCACAAUUCAUGGCACCAUUCGCCUGGUCUGCUCAAGCCGCAAUAAGAUGAAGACGGCCUUCUGGGCCCUGCUCUUCUUAGCCAGCUUUGCUAUGCUGUAUUGGCAGUUUGCACUGAUCUUCAACCAGUACUGGGCCUACCCUGUCAUCAUGUCGAUGUCUGUUCAUUCACAACCAAAGAUGUUCCCUGCCAUCACAGUUUGCAGUUUGAAUCCUUAUCGGAUCAGCCCAGUCAGUCAAGAUAUAGCUAAACUGGAUAAUCUGGCCAGAGAAAGCUUAUAUCGGUUAUAUCAGUUCCACAUUCCUAAGAGCGUUCUAGAAGAUGUCAGUGUCAGUCUGGAAGACCUUUCAGGUGAAAGUCCUGGCAAAGUCAAUGGCUCCAAGUUUCAGCUGGAUCACAACAUCGCCCUAGUGAAGCUGGAUAGAAGUGGAAAAGUGGGCUUUCGGCUGUGCAACGCAACUGGUGGAAACUGCUACAAUAAGGUCUACAUUUCUGGAGUGGACGCUGUCCAGGAGUGGUACCGUUUCCACUACAUGAAUAUCAUGUCACAGAUGCCAUCCAUUAUCAAAGUGUCCCAAGGAGACGAUCACAUGAGAAACUUGAUCUAUUCUUGCCAGUACGAUGGGGAGCCGUGCCGGACAAGCGAACAUGAACAUUUUCAUCACCCUGUCUACGGAAGCUGCUUCACUCUUAACAAGAAGGGAACGGAUAAGUUCUGGAAAGCUUUCAAGCCAGGAAUUGUUUACGGCCUAUCCCUUAUUCUCAAAGUGGAGCAGAAAGACCACAUCCCUUUGCUGUCCACCACAGCAGGCGUGAAGAUCAUGAUUCACAGGCACAACCAAACACCCUUUUUGGAGCAUGAAGGUUUUGAUAUCAGACCUGGGGUUGAAAGCACCAUUGGAAUCAAACAGGAUGAGGUAUCACGCUUAGGUGGGAAUUACAGCGUAUGUACCAAUAACGGGGAGGAUGUCAACAUCAAGCUAAUCUACAACAGCACUUAUACGCUACAGGCCUGUUUGCACUCCUGCUUCCAGCAUCAGAUGAUUGAAAGUUGUGGCUGCGGAUAUUAUUUUUACCCACUGCCUUCUGGAGCCGAGUACUGCAACUACAAUAAACAUCCUGCCUGGGGUCACUGCUUCUAUUUGCUGUACAAAAAGCUGGCUGACCACCAUCACAUCUGCUUCAACAAGUGCCCUAAGCCAUGCAAGGAAACUUGGUAUAAGCUCUCCGCAGGAUACGCUAAGUGGCCAUCAGCCAAAUCUGAGAACUGGAUUCGCCGAGCAUUGCAAGCAGACAGCAGAUACAACACCACCACAAACAACAGAAAUGAUAUUGCCAAGGUGAAUAUUUUCUAUGAGCAGUUAGAUUACUACUCUUGGGAUGAAUCUCUGGAAUAUAAUGUGACCCUGGUGAUGUCCAACAUGGGAAGCCAGUGGAGCCUCUGGUUUGGGUCGUCUGUGCUCUCAGUGGUUGAGAUGUUUGAAUUCCUCGUGGAUGUCAUAAUCUUAUCCCUCAUCUUCUUCUACCGGCGGCUUACAGCAAAGAGAACGCACAAGGUGUCGUGUCCUCCUAGGAUCCCAAGUGUGAGCUUGACUUUGGAGAAAUACCGCUGUAUCGAAGAAGGCUUGGCCGCGGACGGAGGUGCAGAGAGAUCUCAUGCCAGCUAUGGGAAUGCAUGUUUUGUCCACGACGAGGGACUCCCUCCAUAUUCAAAAUACAGCAAGUAUCAGGUGCCCGAGCUGUAUCCACAUGUGGUGCUCCAUGGAUUCAGGCACCAAGAAGACCAAGUGACAUACCGAGAUUCCAAGAGCUAG